AUGGAGAGUGCAACGAUGACGGGCGAAGAAUUAAAUCGGCUGGAGGAUUCUUCGAUGGGGCCUGGCGAAGGUGGUGCCGCCGCGCCCAACUUCGAAGCCGAGCGGGCCAAACAGAAUCCGUUGGUAAAGAUCUACAACACCACCGUCUACUGGCAUGGCGGCAACAACGGUGGAGUGAGUUGUGCCAACUGUUCGAGCAUCGCGCCCCACGCCACCUUCCUCGCGCCCGACUACGCCUGCAACAUGGAGAGCCACCCACCACCUGCCUCUCCAGGCGACUGGAGCAACGGCACGAAGCACUUCUUCGUCGGGGUGGAUCCAUCGCGCGUCGUCACGCAGGUCAACCUGACCAUGCACGGACGAUUUCGCUGUCCCGUGUCAAGGGACAGCGCGCCACCCACCAUUCUCAACAUCCUUGUCGAGUCUGCCGCGAUCACGCAGGAGCCGCUCGACUAUGCGGCGUGUAUCGAUUGCGAGUUCUGCAAGUUGUGCGAUGGGUGCAUGACCAGCGUGACCGUGGUCGGCACCGAAUUCGAGAUCUGGCCAACGUCGUGGAACUAUGAAGUCAAUAACACCAUCAACGUCCGCGUGUUGUCUGGUCUUCUGUGCUUGUAUUCGAUCGACAUCUUCGUGGAGACCAUCCCCGCUCACCUGCCCAUCACGACCAUCAUCACGACUUCCAACACCAGCACAAGUACUGGAGGCGGUGGUGGAGGCGACGAUGACAAGCCCUUCAAGAUGCCCAUUUGGGGCUUUGUGCUCAUCGGGACGAGUAGCUUCUUUUGCUGUGCGUCGAUCGUCAUCUGGAUCACGUACGUGACUGUGAAGCGCAUACGUCGGCGCAGGCGCUAUGGCUCGAUCCAAGACUACGAUGAAAGGAAGACCGGCUGCUGCGACUGCCUCGGACCAGUGGUCGACACCGAGACAGAGAGCGAGUACGGCGACUAUGAGUACACCGGGCGCCCUGGCUCUAUCUACACGAGUAUCGACAUCAAUGAAGUGGGAGAGGAUACCAGGCGACUGCUUGGUAUUCCGGCCGGUGGUGAUAUGGGCAGUGCAGAGCGAAAGGCGCUUCUCAAAAUCUCGCACCGAGGCAAGCUGCGUGCGUCGGGCCAGCACCGCAAGGAGUCCUCCGGCAAGCGUUCUCGGGGCAAGAAGUCAUCGCAGGACGGCCUGGUCAAACAGAUGGACUACGGCGAGAUCGUCCUGGCUGAGCGCGUGGGCAAGGGCAGUUAUGGCGAGGUGUUCAAGGGGAUUUGGCGAGGCACGGAGGUGGCGGUGAAGAAGCUGCCCUACUAUUUUGAACAGCUCGAGGACAAGGAGCAGCAAAAGACCUUUUUGGAGGGCUUCAUCCAGGAGACGCAGCUCAUGAAAACUCUCCGGCACCCGAACGUGAUCCAGCUCUUUGCGUCGUUUACUCAUCCCGAGGUCAUGAUCGUGAUGGAGUUCAUGGCGAAGGGUUCGUUGUACCAGAUCUUGCACGACAAGUCCAUAGACCUGUCGUGGGACCUCCGGCGCCAGAUCCUUCUCGAUGCCGCGCGCGGGAUGACCUACCUCCACAAAUCCCAACCCGUCAUCGUGCAUCGUGAUCUCAAAUCGCAUAACUUAUUAGUGGGCGAGCACUGGCGAUGCAAGGUGAGCGACUUCGGACUCUCUCGCAUGCUGACGGCUAUGGACACCAUGACCUCCUGCGGCACGCCGUCGUGGACUGCACCUGAAGUGCUCAGAGGCGAAAAAUACACGGAAAAGUGCGAUGUGUAUUCCUUCGGCAUCGUUUUGUGGGAAUGCGUGACGCGCAUGACACCGCACGAGGGCAUCCCCCACUUCCAGGUGGUCUUUCAAGUCGGCACCCAGGGCCUCCGACCAGACCUCCCCAGUGAUACGCCGCACCACUGGGCUCGCUUGACUGCCGAUUGCUGGGCGGAGGACCCCGACGUCCGGCCGAGCUUCGAAGAGAUACUCGACCGACUCCAGAAGUUCUAG